UAAAGUUAGAAUAAAAUGGCGUCCUCCAUGGAAAGACUUCGCCGUUGCAAAGUGAACAACAAUCUACACAGAAUGUUUGAGAUUUUAGAGAUAAAUAUGAAUUCUACCGAUACAGAACGAUUCAAAACGCAAGUACUUAUAUCUGGGAUCUUAGGAGAAUUUUGGAAAAAGGGUAAAACGUCGCAAAUCCCUAGAAAACUGUACAAGUGUGAUGCUUUCACUUUCUUAAGAUUCCUAGAAAAUAAAGGUUUCAUUGACAGCACAAAUACGAAAAUCGUGCAGGAUGCAGUCAGAUCAGUCAGGCCCGAAAUAUAUGAGUUGGCUUCAACAGAGACCAGUAAUAUAGUUGAGGUGGAUCCAGUGGUGGCCUACAUAGAGAAGACAGCUCCACUUCAGCCGCAUGAGUUUGGCAUAUCUUGGCCAGUUGGUGUUCCUGCCAGGAGGAGUGAGAGACUGAAGAAACGUAAAUGUGAAGAAGAAACAACAAGUGACAAGAUAGAGAGAAGGAUGAAGAAGAAGAGAAGUCCAACGACAGACUCGGACCAAACCUGCAACUCUGAACCUACCUCAUAUCCUCCAAUUCAUUGUCAGCAAGUACAUUCUUGUGAUGUAAGAUUACGGGUGAAGGUUGAGUAUGUGGACCAUCAGGAGGUACUAGGAAAUAGCGUACACAGUCACAAAGAACAUGAGAUAGAGCGACAGUUUGAAAAGUUUAACCAGGCGAGUACGAUCCUGAAAUCGAGAGACCUCGGAACUGUCAUAUGUGAUAUAAAGUUCUCAGAGUUAACCAGCCUUGAUGCUUUCUGGAGGGAUUAUACAAAUGGUGCUUUACUUGAGGCCCUGAAAGUGGUCUUUAUUACAGAGUCAUUAAAUGAAGCCGUUGGACAUGAACCUCUACGUCUUCUUGUUUCGGUUGAUGAGGAAGAUUAUAGGAAAGGACGUCUGAAGCUUUUGAAAAAUCUCAUUGAUUGAUAUCUUGUGGAACUGAAACAGACAGCAGGCUUUCUGAAUAGGAAACCAAAAUAGAACUGUAUGGAUGUGAUCAUUUUUUUGUUACAAACAGCAUAUGUUUGAGCAUAUAUAUAAUUGAAAGAUCAGGUGCAAGGGCUGACCCAAAAGUAAUGUCACUUCAUUCAUUGUGCAUUAUUCAUUGUUAUAUUACUAUAUAAAUUAUAUCAAGAUAUAUUGGUACGUUCAUUCAGUUGUGAUUACAAAGUUAAAAAAUUUUUUUUUAGAGUUGUUUUGUUUUAAAUACAAAGAACUUCAAAAUACGUCACCGACUACAUUACGACUACAAUCACUGUCUGACAUCAAAAUAACAAGCAGUGUACCUUAUCAUAUAAGAAAUUGUAAUGAUGUGAUAUUACAUUUUUCAGCAGUCAACUGUUAAAACUAUAGUAGGUUAAAGUUUGCUAGAAAGUGCUAGGCCUUGUUGUUGCUUAGUGACAAAAAUAUUGAUCUCUGACGUCUCUUACAUCAGUGAUAUGUGGCAAUCCUCAUUACCAUGCUUUUUUGCAUGUCAGUAUCUAGAUAAGUAAGCAAUAAUUUUUGAUAUUUCAAAAAAUAUUGAAAAUUGAUCAAGGAACUUUGAUAAGAAUUUUUGUUGCUUUCUUUUUAUACACAUUUAAAUGGUUCCAGUGACAUAACUUUUGCAUCAAUCCUUGUACAUUCUCUUAAACUGGAAAAGACAAGCAUCUUGCUUUCUCUGUGGGAAACCUACUCUAAAAUCAGGUAUUUUAUUGAUGCUAAAAAUUUCUUUCUUUUUUUAAAAAAAUUUAAUUAGUUCAUCGAUGAGAAUACUUGCAUUAUAUAGCCAACUUUUGAACAGUUGCUUGUGGCACUUUGUGAGUAUUUAUUUCCGAUUACAGAAUGUUGGCGAAUAUAGGGAAAAUAAAUCCUGCACAAAAAUCUCUGUAUAUAACAAUUACUAGGUUGUUAUAGGUUUUUGUUAAAAACAACAUGAUUGUGUGCUGUUAUUGAAAGAUUGGGUACAUUUAUGAUAAUGGACAGCUGACUUUUUGAAAUAAGAUAUAUACCUCUAGUUUUCUAGUUAACAUGAUACAGAGUUACCAUGGACAAUAUAGAAGUUUGCUGGUUCAACAGUGGCUGUAACAUACUUUUUAAAACAAUUGAAAUUGACAGGAUAUUUAUUUUGUUUGAUAGCUUGGAAUGGGCAGAAAAACUGCAGAAUAAUGUUCAGAUAUAUUUAAAUUAAUAACACAUUCAGAAUGGUUCUGUUUUCCAGUAUGUGGCAGAAUAUCCAGUAAAUUCUUGUGCAGUUCACAUACUGUUUUUUAAAAACCUGUCUGUCUGUCUUGCUGUUUUGACUGUGCAUUUUAGCUGCAGUUUUUUUUGUUUCAUUAUCUGUGAAUAUAUGGAAGUUGAUAACCAACCAGACAACUGACUUUUCUUAUCUGUAAAAACCUUGUGUUAUUCAGUUUUGAGAAUAGACCUGAUUGCUGCAUUAGAAAUUACAAAUGUAUAUAAUGUUUGCUUGUCAGUGAAUUGUUUAUACAAACUUGUUUUUAAAUUGGUUGUUUAAUGUAAAAAAUAUAUAUAAUGGUUGACUUAGAAUUUUACUGAUUUGUGGUUAUUUAUUUGCAAAAAGCCUUAAGUGAAGAAAAUAACAAAUUUAACAGCUUUCAUGCAUAUGUUCAGAACAAGAUUGCCUGUGAACACACUUUUGUUUUUUUCUCUGAUAUUAGAGAACAUGCCAACAUUUCAAACAAGCACUGUGUAUUUAAAUUGAAAUACAGGAAAAAGUAAUGUCUUGAACCUGUUUAGAAAAGAUGACUGUGAUAGUUUCCAAUAUAUGUAGAUUUAAUAUGUCUCCCUACUCUGGGGGGACAUAUUGUUUUUGCCCUGUCCAUCUGUCUGCCCUUGCAUCUGUCCAUACGUCACACUUCAUUUCCGAUCAAUAACCGGAGAACCAUUUGACCUAGAACCUUCAAACUUCAUAGGAUGGCAGGGCUUAUGGAGUAGACGACCCCAUUGUUUUUGGGGUCACUCCGUCAAAGGUCAAGGUCACAGGGGCCUGAACAUGGAAAACCAUUUCCGAUCAAUAACUUGAGAACCACUUGACCCAGAAUGUUGAAACUUCAUUGUUGUCAUUAUGGACUUAUAUAGGAUGAUUGAUCAUGCAGAGUGGAUGACCCCUGUUGAAAUUGGUGGGGUCACUGUAAUAAAGAUGGUCACGGGCCUGAACAUGGAAAACCAUUUCCGAUCAAUAACUUGAGAACCACUUGACCCAGAAUGUUGAAACUUCAUAGGGUGAUUGGCCAUGUGGAGUAGAUGACCCCUAUUGAUUUUGGUGUCAUUCUAAUAAAGGUCAAGGUCACAGGGGCCUGAACAUGGAAAACUAUUUCCAAUCAAUAACUUGAGAACCACUUGACCAAGAAUGUUGAAACUUCAUAUUAGGAUGAUUGGACAUGCAGAGUAGAUGACCCCUAUCGUUUUUGGGGUCACUCCAUCAAAGGUCAAUGUCACAGGGGCCUGAACAAGGAAAACCAUUUCCGAUCAAUAAGUUGAGAACCACUUGCCCCAGAAUGUUGAAACUAUAUACUUUAUAGUAUAUAGGAUGAUUGGACAUGCAGAGUAGAUGAACCCUACUUAUGUCACUCGAUGAAAGGUCAAGGUCACAGGGGCCUGAACAUGGAAAACAGUUUCCAGUUCAUAACUUGAGAACCACUUAGCCCAGAAUGUUGAAACAUUGUGGAAUGAUUGGACAUGCCAAGUAGAUGAUUCCUAUUGCAACCAACCAUCAGUGUCACUUUGACAUUUGCUCCUGUCCCCUAUUGACUUCCUGCCUAUAUGACUAUGCAUUUGGGGAGACAUGCGCUUUUCUACAAAAGCAUCUUCUAGUUGGUAUAUACUUUUGAUAAGUGUAAUUCUGUCAUAAGUUUGCUAAAAUUAUGGAAUCAAAAAUAAUUUCUUUCUUUGUAUAAAAUGGGGAAAAUGUAAAUAUUUUUGUCUAUGCAUGCUGCUUUUGAAAAAGAGAAAGAAAUCUUGAAACAGUU